AUGGCCAUUACUAUAUUUGCGCCCACCUCCAAUUUGGCUCUAGAAAACUCCAACAGUACCCUUCAAUAUUCAGAUGAUGAUGAUGAUAUUGACGGAGGGGUCAAGAUUGAGCAUCCAUUUAAUAGAAUGCCAGGAAACCAAUUACGAGGAGCCGCCACAGAACUUGUCACACCCGGUGAGACUGUGACAGAUGAUCCACAAUGGAUGAGGGGCCAUGGCACGUACGUUCCGCCGUUCAGUACCGAAAUUACCGCCACUGUCGCUGGAACUGUUCAGAAAACAAAUAAGCUCCUUUCAGUCAGACCUCUUAGAGCUCGUUAUACGCCUGAAAUAGGAGACCUCGUUGUCGGUCGCAUAAUUGAAGUUCAAUCCAAGAAAUGGCGUGUUGAUAUUGGGGCCCCAAACCUAGCGUCUCUACCUUUGUCUGCAAUAAAUCUGCCAGGAGGUAUACAACGCAAACGGACGGAAAACGACGAGUUACAAAUCAGAACUUUCUUUUCCGAGGGUGACCUGCUGAUUGCAGAAGUACAGCAACUGAAUCAAAACGGCAUAGCUAGUCUACACACUCGAAGUUUGAAGUACGGAAAAUUACGAAACGGUGUCUUUAUGAGUGUCAGCGGUACUGGUGGGGGCGGUGGUGUCGCUAGAGCUAGAAGGCAAGUAUGGCAAGCUGAAACUGCCAAUAAUGGUGGCAAGGUCCAGAUUAUAUUGGGAGUAAAUGGAUAUAUAUGGAUUAGCAAACACGUUGAUGUUGCUGAUGACUUGGCCAUAACGAGGAUGGAAGAAAACGUGAGCAGUACUGUAUACUCAAGUCAGAACGAUGAAAUAUCUGCUGAGACAAGGAAUGAAAUCUCGCGUAUGCGAGAGGUCAUAAAUCUCUUGGUUCAAGCAGACCUACGGAUUGACGAAGAAAUAGUAAUGAAGGGCUAUGAAGCUGCCGUUCUUGUUAGUGGUAGCUCCAACAAUGAGAUAAGUAACACUCAUUUGGGUGGCGAGAUGGGCAAGAAGGUCCUUUCUCUCCUUUCAAUGGAAUAA